CACAAGUUCUUCUUCCGGUCGAAGUUGUUCGAUCGGAAGAACCGCUCGAAAAAAGCGGGAGUGAGUGAUAGUGCGGCGGAAGACGAUGAGUUCAACAUUACCGGCAUCAGCCACCGGAUCAAGACGACCACCGCAAGUGGAACGUCGACGAGCCGAGUGGUGCGGAACAAUCCGUUGUACGGAGAGAACUUCAAGAGGUUCGUCGCUGGAGGUGAGAGUUUGGGGGCCAUCAGUUUCGGUGCUAGUGCUAGCAAUAAGAGUGUCAUUGGAGGUUUGAGAACAGUGGAAGGAUCUUCGGUGAGUGGUGCUCGCCGAGGGAAUAACGAAUUCGGGGAGAACGUAAAUGCUAUACUGACCGACUUGGACGAAGAACUGGAGGUCAGAAACUGGCGGUAUCAACUUUCCAAUGACCAUUUCUAGAGUGUAAGAUGUGUGUGAUAGGUGUACUUGGAUAGUUUUA